CGACCUUGAGUCUCCAGAUGAUAUAAUAUCCGCUUUUUUAGAUUAGACGCGGAACGGCCGCACUAACGACCGCAAAUUCGAGCGGGGUCAAUCGAAAAGACCGUAUCGUAGACAGGCGUUCGAAUAGUUUCCGUUGUGCUUCUAAAUUUAGCAGGGCGUGCUACGUCGCAGCGAACAUCGACGCGUUCAGGGCUACGUGCGGAAAACACUCUGUCAAUGCUGUUGCGCCAUUCUGUCCUUGUUUUGCGUCCGACGAGCGGCGAAGAUACGUCGGUAGUUACUUGAGUCUCGCGAGUGCGCGAAAGACGCUACGUUGCCCGCGAGACGGCUCGUCGAAAGUCCAAAAUAAAUUCUGGAUUCCUCUCGUGUCUCGGCUGUUCAUUUGACUGUUUAUUAUUAUAACGUAACCGCUCCAUUUGUGCGCAUUUUGCUUCUCGGUGUGCGCGUUCAAGCGGCGGAUAUCGAGCUGCCGAGUUACUCGCUUAAAUCCGUGCGCGCGAGUCGCCGAAUUGCGGGCCAAUCCGCGUGACGGCAGGAUGACAACAGCGCUGCCAAAACGGAAAGCGGAAAAAGAACGGUGACAAAUUUGCAAAUUUUCGGGUUACGAAUGAUCGAUUGUUCCUUCGUGGAAUGUUUCGGUGUUAAAACGCAGAAAUGAAUCGACAAGUGUGUUUCAGCAAGCAACACUUCUUUAUUGCUGACAUUGUCUGAAGUUCAAAUAUUUACUCUCGUCGUUUUUAAUCAGUUAAUUAAUUACACCGGUAUCCGAGUCGCGCGAAGCGAAAGAUUUUUCGUAGAAGAACCGCGCGUCAUUGUGAAUUCCAGUGCAGCCCGCCCAGGUGACAUCCGGUGUCUCAGGAAGACCGCCCUCCCACAAUCAGGCGGACGUGAUUCACGUGAAGAUCGCCCUCCGAACGCACUCCCUGAGGAUCUUGCCAAGAUGUCGCAGGUAUCAGGAAUCAUGGAGGAGAAGGAUGUGCUGAAGGGGAAGCCGACUCUCGUCAGACGAGUCUCCGAUAUGUUCAAGGACGGGAGCUACAGCGGGCCGCCGAUGCUGUUCCGCAACGCGUCGAUGCGGAGGAUCCGCCACUGCUGUCAGAAUCUCAACCUGCUGCCGUACCUCCUCUACUCCUUCGACAACUCCAAGUCGCACCCGAUCGCGCGCAAGGUGCACGUCCACCUCAGCCGCUUCCUCCGCAACAUCGUCGUCAGCUUGCUCAUCACGUACGAGAACCUGCGGCAAGAGGUGUUGCGGGGCUUCCUCGAGCAGAAGCGCAGCGAACAGCUGGAAACGAUCCCCGGGGGCCAAGGAGUCGCCGACUGUUCCGCACCCAAGUUCGACAAGUUCGAGAGGCAGAAGAGCAGCAAGCCGCGGCACUCCCUCCUCCUGAUCGUCGCCGUGUACCUGGUGCCGCUGCUGUUGGCCCUCCAGGUGAUGUUCCUGUGCAACCUGACGAUCCUCGGCAAGUACGCGCCGGGCUUCAUCUUCCUGAUCGUCGCGCUCCUCUUCCUCGGCGGCAUCGGCCUCAAGAUUCUCUUGCACGAGACCGCGCUCUGCAACAUCGGCAAGUGCGAAAGGAAGAAACUCAAGUGAUCGGCUUCCCUCGUCUCGCCGUCUCGGCCAGUCGCUUCGUCGUCCAGAGACAGUAGAAGAGCCGAGGUUUCCCGGAUACCCGGGGUUUCCCGGAUCGAGCUCUUCCCGUUCGCGUUCCCGUACACCACGAACUCCCCCACGGAACUUGCUACUCGCGCAGUCGCCGCAUAUGUUAACACACACAUACAUACAGACGUCGCGCAUCGGUCAACAGUCUCUUCCAUUUACCCUAACGUAGCUCUUCUAGAUUCCCGCUCUCACGCGAUGACGAUCCCGGCCGCGGGUCUCGCGUAUAUCCGUGCACUGAGAGACGAAAAUAUCGAUCAAAUAUGAGAUAUUCUUAUUCGGUGAGUAACAACACUUUCACUUACAUCUCAAUACGUGCAAUUUUUUUUUACGCUGAAAAAAACAUAUUUUCUUCCAAAUGAAAUAGAAGUGUAAGUUUCCUUCAAAAUGUAGCUUUCUCACGAAGAGCAGUGUCCGUUUUACUUUAGUAGAGAGUAUAGAUUUAAGUAAAUAUGUUACUAAUUACUCGCCGAAUAAAUAUUUGUUAUUUUGUAAUUAUUUCCUCUCUCUCUCUCUCUCUCUCAGUGUACACACUCUCUUUUCUUUUUCUACGUUGCGUCGAAAAUCCGAGACAGCCGGCGCGACGUAGCGUCUCGUCGCAAAAUACGUAACGUCAUAUAAAGAAGACUUAAGCAUCUUCGGUAGACUUAAGUAUCGCGAGUACACGUUUUUAUGCGAAGCAUAAACUGAAUUCUUUCUCUUUCUCUCUCUCUCUUGAACGCGCGAAAUCUCAGAGGGCACUUGAACUCCUCUUGUACUCUUAACGAAACGAUACUAUUAAAGCAUCGCGUAGUACCUCGUCCUCUGCAGCAUAAGACUGAGAAUCGUUUUUAACGUACCUGUUUGUAAAUAAAAGAUAAAGAAAGCCAAUGUGUUGUAUAACGCGUGAUAGGGGGGAGGGGGUGCUUUGUUUUCGAAGAGUCGAAAUAAAUUGCUCCGCGGAACGGCAGAGAGAAAGAGGAGGGGAGAGAAAGAGAGAAAGAGAGAGAGAGCUACGGAUUCUACGUAGGAACUUGGUACGUCCAUUGAAAGUUUAGUCUGAUCUGUGAUGGAGUGGGUACAAGUGAUAUGUAUAUCCCGCGGGCACUUGCGAUACCACUUAAUUACCGCGCGAUAAGAGUAUGUAACGUGUAGAUAUACGAUUUCUAAAAAUAUACGCCCUCGGCGAGCAUAUAUAUUUA